UACCUAACUUUAAUGGAUAAUCAAUUGAAUGUAUGUGUGCCGUUUGAAGAUAUAAACGAUUUGCUAUGUUGUUAUCAUAAGCGCUUAAUAUUCCCUUUCUUAACUGUUGUGUGUUAUGGAAUAGCAAAGCUAGUUAAAAACUUAGCGAAAUGUAUCGUGUGUGGGUACCGAUCACAUCUGUCUGUCAGCCAAUUGAAUCGUGUAUGACCGCUUCGGGGCUUAGGGUGAAAAAUUUGGAAUCGAAAAAUAGCAACAAAUAAAUAAAUGAAACUUUCGAACAAAUUUAAAGUGGACACUGAGUAACAUUUAUUGUCACAUAGCAAAGUAAAGUGAAAAUUACCAAGUAUUAAGUUCUAAAAGUUGCUGCCAGCAGCUGAGCUGCAGUGUAGCAACUAAGGUAUUACUCGGCUCGUUAAAUGGAAAGAGGCAAGGGCUGAGGCAGCUUCGAUUUGUAAUUCAAUUACGGGCACACACACACAGAAAAAAGGCCGAUAUUGGAUAUGGUUUUCAUACGUGAUCCCUGUGGCAUUAUCUGCCUAAUUUUUACCUAUGGCGCCGUUAUCUAUGCAGAUUAUGUGGUUAUGCGAUGGAUAAUACUGACAACUAUGCCUAUGAGUAUUUGGGCGCCCUUCCAUGUUGUGCUCUUCAAUACGGUUGUCUUCCUUUUAGGCAUGUCGCAUUUGAAAGCCGUUUUCUCAGAUCCGGGCAUUGUACCGCUGCCCGCCAAUCGCUUGGAUUUCUCCGAUUUACACACCACGAACAACAGCACCAAACAAAUUUCUGGCAAUGGCCAUGGUAGCGAAUGGACUGUAUGCACGAGAUGCGAGACUUAUAGGCCACCUCGUGCCCAUCAUUGUCGCAUUUGCAAGCGUUGCAUACGUCGCAUGGAUCAUCAUUGCCCAUGGAUAAACAAUUGUGUGGGCGAACGCAAUCAAAAGUACUUUCUGCAAUUUCUUGUCUAUGUGGGCAUUCUCUCCCUCUACUCCGUAGCGCUAAUACUCGGUUCUUGGGUAUCGCCGUGUACGGAAUGCAGUCAGAAUGUAAUUGAUACACAACUGCGCAUGAUUCAUUCCAUCGUCUUGCUGCUGGAAUCGGCGCUGUUUGGUUUGUUUGUGACUGCCAUUAUGGUAGAUCAGUUGCACGCCAUACUGUACGAUGAGACGGCGGUCGAGGCGAUACAGCAAAAGGGUGCAUAUCGGCCAAAUCGACGUAAAUAUCAAUUGUUGGCCGAUGUGUUUGGUCGCGGGCAUCCGAUGCUCUGGCUACUGCCCUGCGCUACUCUUAACCACGCCGCACGCUAUCACGACACACCUCUGCUCAGCCACGAUGUUUAGAGGCCGUGUGAUAAAUUCUAUUAUUUUGUAUGUAUUAUGUUUGUAUUCUAUAUACGUGAGUGUGUGUGACAGUCCCGCAACAUACAUUGUCUUUUAUAUUUUAUGUAUCUAUCUUUGUGUUUAUAUAUUUUAUCUAAAAAGCUCUGAAAACCCACCCGGCUAUCCCCGUAACUCUUACCUUGACCCAAAUCUAUAUAUAUAUAUAUAAUUAUAUUUUUGUUUAUUUGUAUAUAUUAUAUACAAAGAAGAUUUCAAUAUUUAAUUAACACCUUAGUUAAUAAUUCAUUGCAUCAAGCGAGCCAAAACAUACUCAACAAAAACUCAAUAUUUUUUUAAACAAAACUAGUUUUUCCAUAAGCAUACGUAGAGAGCAGAUGUGUAGCUAUAUAUAAAUAUAUAAAUGUGUGUAAAAAAAAACAAGAAAACGAAUCAAAAAAUAAGAAACAAACUAACUUUCAAGCAUUUAAGAGCAACAAAUUCAUAUACCAAAUAAACAUUAACAUUUAAUGCCAGGCAAUUGUGUAUGCGGUAAUAGCUC